AUGCUCACACUCGCCUCGCUCUACAGUCUCCAUCCCGUACUCCUCAGCCUCAUCAUCACACGCGCCUACGCAUCCCCAGAUGGAGUUAUUGGCGACCAGAAGACGCGUGUCCGCCCGACCUUCGCGACCGCCUUGACAGGCGGCGAGGGCUGUGACCUGUCCGAGAUUGACGAUAUCCGCGAUGGCUUCUCCGAGAUGGUAGCCCUGUUUGCCGCUGCUACGCCCUUUGACCCCACCUCACAGCCAGGACGAGAGUUUUUCGGUCCCUCGAUAGCUGGAAACUACACCGACAUGAUUGCCAAAAAUCUGCAGCGAGCAGCAAACUACGGAGUACUCGACGGAGAGGACGGCGCCAUCAAUGCUGACAUCCACAUACGAUGCGACGACCCCAUGAACCUUUGCGACAGAGGCAACAGACGCGAAGGUAGCCACGCCGCCUACAAUAUCGGCAAUGAACCGCACGUUGUCUUCUGCUCCGACUACUUUAAGAUGGAUCCCCUCGAGGCGCGAAUAAACAGAAAGGCCGAGGACCAAAUCCAAAAGGACCGCCUGAUGGAAUACUACAACCGCGCUUCUUUGUGGGCACGCAUGGUGAUGCAUUUCUCCGACAUCGGCACAGCAGUCGUCCAACGGCCCACUCCCGCACCUCCAAACUCGACCACCGAAUGGAUUGUAACUUCUUCUGAAGGUUCAAUGAAUACGUCUGUGCUUGCUGGUGUGCUCAACGAACAAGGCGAUGGCCCAACAGACCGUCAAACCCUAAAGUACGCAUACGGCGCCACACGUGCAAAGCUGCUCGCCACUCUGUCCACCCAGAUGCCGUACGACGCUGCGAACAAUGCCGAAAACUAUGCCCUCUACGCCCUGUCGCAAUACAUUAUCAAAGACAAAACUUUUUACCCUGCAGUCCCCAUCAUGGAUUUUCCAAACGAAGCAAGCGUGCUUACCAAUGACAACCUCCAGGAUGGCGAAAGGUGCAAAUAUGCCUUUUUCGACAUGUCCGACGUCGUUGCAAGACCGUCAAAUAUGUUAUUAGAAGGUGCGCCGCUACCCUCUGCAGGCUCAUCUUCUCAUGCCUUGUCUUCGGCCAUGAUAGGCAUAACUGGCGCUGCCUUGGCCUACGCCUUCAUGGCCGCGUCGAUUGGAUGA